AUGGCUGCCUCCGCCCGUUCUAACGUGUCUGAUGACUUGGUCUGGGCCAUUGCCAGAACCCAGAACUCUUACCUGGUUAAGCGGAAAUGUGGUGGUGGUGUUCAGUUCUCCCGUGACCCAUUGAACUUGGUCAACAAGCACUCCAGAAAGUAUGCCGGUUUUGUCAACUCCAAGGCUAUCGGUGUCCAAGGUGCUGAGAACGGUGGUGUCGCCGUCACCUCCAAGAGACCAAACAACUGCAACAAGCCAGGUUCUAACACCUACACUGCUACCCACGGCUCUGGCUCCUCCAACCGCAAGGUAUACAAGGCUGUUGCCAGCCGAGCUGUAAGCGGUGGAUACCGAGCCGACCUCCGUGCUGAGGCCGUUUGCCGUGCCAGUGCUAUCCGACUAUCCCAACGACCAAAGAAGGACAGCCCUGAGAAGAAGCUCAGAGGCGCCAAGGCCCGAAAGGCCGCUGCUGAGAAGGAUGCUUAG